CUUCUUCUUGUUGUCACAUCGAACGUGUGACCGGUCGCCGCCGCCGUCGUCACUUCCUGGGCGUUUCCAUGGUGACAUCAGAAGGCCGCUGCGGAUCUGACGGACACGUAGAUCUUCGUUCUUCAUCAAAACAGAACAGACGGACAAACUCCGCAGAACCGACAAACCGACCCGAAGCCUCAGAUCCUCCUGGUGCCAUCAUGAACGUGUUUGACCGCAACAUCAACUUUGACUCCCUCUUCAAGUUCUCCCAGAUAUCUCACUCCACUCAGGUGCACUUGAAGAAUGUGUACUCCAGUUUGGCAGUUUGUAUGUUUGUUGCCGCCGCUGGCUCCUACGUCCACGUCGUCACACGCCUCUUUCAGGGCGGCAUGCUGUCGGUGCUCGGCUCCCUGGGGAUGAUGUUCUGGUUGGCCAUGACACCACACAACUCUGAGACGGAGAAGAAGAGACUGGCCAUCCUCGCAGGAUUCGCCUUCCUCACAGGUGUCGGUCUCGGCCCCACACUGGACUUUGUCAUCGCCAUCAACCCGAGCAUCAUUGUGACGGCUUUCCUCGGGACCUCUGUGAUCUUCGUCUGCUUCACCCUCAGCGCCCUCUACGCCAAGCGCAGGAGCUACCUGUUCCUCGGAGGCACCCUGAUGUCUGGUCUCUCCAUCCUGUUCCUGAUGUCCAUGAUGAACAUGUUCUUUGGAUCUGUGAUGCUGUUCAAGGCUCACAUGUACCUGGGGCUGCUCAUCAUGUGCGGCUUCGUCCUGUUUGACACUCAGCUCAUCAUCGAGAAAGCAGAGAACGGAGACAAGGACUACGUCUGGCACAGUGUGGAUCUGUUCCUGGAUUUCAUCACCAUCUUCAGGAAACUUAUGGUCAUCCUCGCUUUGAACGAUAAGGACAAGAAGAAGGAAAAGAAGUAAACAACGUGUGAGAAGCUGGAAUUUACAGUAUGAAAAAAAAAAAUCAGUAAAGGCACAAUUUGCGGCGCACUUGGUGCUUUUCACUUUCUUUCUUUCUGUCUUCAUUUCUUGAAUUAACUCCUCUGUGGUCUUAUGUUAUUGAGAUUUCUUCGAUUUAUUUUGAAAACUUACAAGAAGGGUUGAAUGUAAGUUUGUGGCGCACUAAUGCUAAUUCCAUUUUGGCUGUAAACGGAGAGUAGACUAAAGCUGCAGUGAUCUUGCUUGGCCUGUAGAGGGAGUCGUUGCUCUAUGAAGGCAGUGCUCAUUGAGGAUUUUUAUAUUACUGUUCUUUAGUGCCAUAAGUUAACGAUAGGCUCCUGUUAGUGGCUCGUGAGCUUCUAAAAGUGAUCGUUGUUUAAUUCCAUCUUAUGUAUUUUUGUUUUCUCGUUGAUUUGCUUAUUUAUAGUUUCCCUCAGGCUUCUCUAGUGACGUGUCACGAGAUAAAGUGUCCCACGAUUCAGACAACAGAUCCCGUUUCUCAGAGUUCCUGCUCUAUUGUUUUUUGUUUUUUUUCCCCUCAUUAAUUGAGUUUUGUGAAAAACGUUUCGAGAAAGAGCGAAGCCUGAUAACGUCAACACGACAGACCCUCGGACUGAUUUACUCUCUCGCCUGCAGCGUGGUCUUUGUUUCCCGGCUGCUGGAGGAGGACGAGCCGAUGCCAUCUGUUGAAAAUUUUUUAUUUUAAGCAAAGACAGGCGACUUGUUCCAAACCGCUCCCCCUGUAAAUUUCUCCAAAUAUCUGUUGUCCAGAAGUUAGUUUGCCAAAUGACACAAAUCUUACAGUUUGGCAUCGGUAAAUUUCUUUUUGGGGAAGUGUAUACUGUGAAGAAUUUAUUUUAUUGAUGUAAAAUUGAAACUAAUACUUUGAUACAUUUGCUCUAAUAAAUGUGUUGAACGUAUGUAAA